GCGGCCUGAGUCCGGAGCUGCUGCACCCGACGUGAACAUCCUCGGGAACGACCUGAAAUGCCUUAGCCCUUUGCAGCCCUCUGCUCCCUCUCGGCGGGGAGCAGGGUUCCGGCGGAGGCUUGGCGACAUGAACCGGGUCCAGCUGAAGCGCUCUGCGAUCCUCAAAAUGGCCCUCGGCGGUGCGUCGGAGCCGCUGCUCCAGCAGCAGCAGCAAGAGGAGGAGGAAGAGGAAGAUAGCGAGGGCGGCCGCAGCAGCAGCAGCAACGGCAGCAAGGAGCCCCCGUUCCUCUUGCGGGCCGUCCGGAUCGCCGUAGUGGUCUGCCUCUACUGGUUCAUUUCUAUCACCAUGGUCUUCCUCAAUAAGUAUUUGCUGGGCAGCCCUUCGCUGCGCCUGGAUGCGCCGCUCUUCGUCACUUUCUACCAGUGCCUUGUCACCGUCCUCAUUUGCAAGCUGCUCAGCCUGCUGGCCUCCUGCUGCCCGCCGGGCUUCGUGGACUUUCCCUCCAUACGGAUCGACCUCAAGGUCUCCCGCAGCGUCCUGCCCCUUUCCCUGGUCUUCAUUGGCAUGAUCACCUUCAACAACUUGUGCCUCAAAUUCGUUGGCGUGGCCUUCUACAACGUGGGCCGCUCCCUCACCACCGUGUUCAACGUGCUCCUCUCUUACUUGCUCCUGAAGCAAACCACAUCCGUGUAUGCCCUUCUGUCUUGUGGGAUGAUCAUUGGUGGCUUCUGGCUUGGGAUAGAUCAAGAGGGAGCAGAAGGCACUCUGUCCUGGGCAGGCAUCAUUUUUGGGAUACUUGCCAGCCUCUGUGUCUCACUGAAUGCUAUUUACACUAAAAAAGUUCUUCCUGCUGUGGAUGGCAGCAUCUGGCGUCUGACUUUCUAUAACAAUAUCAAUGCUUGCGUCUUGUUUUUGCCCCUUUUGUUGUUCACAAGUGAGUUCUUCACACUAUACCACUUCGAUAAAUUGGGAAGCAUCCAUUUCUGGGGCAUGAUGACUCUAAGUGGGAUAUUUGGCUGCGCUAUCGGCUAUGUGACUGGACUUCAGAUCAAAUAUACCAGCCCCCUUACACAUAAUGUUUCUGGGACUGCCAAAGCCUGUGCCCAGACACUGUUAGCUGUCUUCUAUUAUGAAGAAACCAAGAGCUUUUUAUGGUGGGGUAGUAACAUGAUGGUUCUAGCGGGCUCUUUUGCAUAUACCUGGGUAAAAGGAUUGGAGAUGAAGAAGGUACAGGUAGAACCUCUUCCAAAAGCAAAUGAAAAAAAUGACAAUCUGGUCUGAAUUUGCCAGUCUUGCAUCUCUCUGAAGGAAUAAAAUGAAGUUUAACUAGCAAGAGACCGCUUAAUGUUUCCAGGCAAGCGUAGCCUGUAAUUACCCAUGUAGAAAAUAGAAGAUAGGACAAGAUUUCCAAUGUAUUGCAUAUUUGCUACAAUAAUCACUGGAAAGGGGAAAAGAUCAAUUUUUUUACAAGUGAUUUUCUUUUGCAAACGCCUUCUCUUUAGUAAAGGUGAGGGUCUUGUGUUCUGUUAAAAAACGACUUUAAACAAGUAGGAAUAGGUGGGUCCUUGCUCUACUUGCUUGAAGUUAUAUGUGUGUUCUGUAGAUAUGUUUCUCUUUGUCUCCUCACACAUCACACUAGACAGUCCAGUGUGCUUCCUGGAGAGGCAGGAGAACAGUUCUCUUAGAUUGCUGGCCCUCCUGCCCUUGUGAGACAAACAAGUUGCAAGAAAUACAGAUUUGCAACUUGCCUGGUGAAAAGGUAACCUCAAUGCCAAGAUUCUCGAGCAUUUUUCUGCCAGUGCUUCUCAGCACAUUUAUCAUUCCUCUGGACAGCCUAAUUGGAAAGGAACUGAACUAAAGGAAAAUAGGAAAGGGCAUUGAAAGGUCCCCUGGUUUGGUUCCUUCUAGAUCUAAAUGGCUUUAGGUAGUCAGCUAUUUUUCCCAGCACUGUUGAAGAAACAGAUGUCAAUGAUUAUUAAUGGACUCUUACAAAGUUAAAAAUAUUGGCAUGUUCUUGCUCUUAAAAACCAUUUCGUGAGCAAGUGCAUUAGUUUUUGAUAUGCACUCUCCUUAUUGAGAGGGCCACCUUGGCUUCAGGAAACCAAACAUCAUUGGAAUGUAUAAUUCCAUUUGCCUUUGACCUUUGCUAGUGUCCUUACCUUGUUCUCACUUUCCUAAUUUUGUGUUGGGAAGUGUAUACCCUCAUUGUAGAUCUGCAACUGAUAAAUGUGUUUAAUAAAACGUUGAUUUGUUAUUUUCA